ACCAUUGUGGUUUGAUUAUGAAGGUGCUCUUCUACUUGAGGCAGCAAUUAUCUUUAUUUGUGUUAUUUUUGGUACUUUAAUGAUUCCGUUACCACAAGAUCCAGGCGAAAUAAGACGCAUAGAACGAAAAGUACGAUCACAAGCUAAACGACAAACACUUAAAAUGGCAACUACAACUAAUCAAAAUGAUGAACAACAAAAUCAAUUAUUUCCACAAAAAUUGUUAAUUUCAUUGAAAAAAAGAUCUGAUAUUCCAUUACAAGAGGUAAAUGUAGUUUCAAGAGAAUCAACUACUGUUUUUCCUCUUGAAUCAGAAUGUCUAUCUGAUGAUCAACGUCGGGUAUCUCUAUCGGAUGUGAAGAAAAAUGAUCCCAAUAUUAAUAAUCGAAUAGAGAAAACUCAUUCAAGAGCUGAUGAAACUGUAUCCGAAAAAUUGUUAACUGAUAUACCAGUUGUAGUAUCCCGCAAAGAUGCAAUAUAUCAAGGUAGUUUACAUCAUAUUCCAUUAUACAAUGAAGAUACGGAUGAAUAUCAUCGUCAAAUAAUAAAAACAAGUGAUAUGAAAAAUAAAACAAUUCAAAAAGCUGAAAAAAAAUCAUUUCUAGCAAAAAUUGCUGAACAAAUCGAUUUUAGUUUAUUCAAAGAUGCUGCAUUUGCUUUAUUGGCUGUAUCCAAGAUUUUAGCAGCUCUUAGUUUUAAUGUUCCAUACAAUUUUGCUAAUGAUUUAGCUGCUGAUGCUAAAGUAAUUGAACAUAAAAGACAUUGGAUCAUAAUGACAAUUGGUGUAGCCAAUUGUUUUGGUCGAGUCAUUAUUGGUUAUUUAGCUGAUCGAUCAUGGGUUAAUCGUUUAACAUUAUAUAAUACAACAUUAACAAUUGCUGGUAUAGCAACAAUGUUUGCACCAUUUUGUAAUUCUUUUGUUCAAACACAUAUGAUUUAUGCUGGAGUAUUUGGAUUUUUUUCUGGUGGUUAUGUUGGUUUAGGAUCAAUUAUUAUUGUAGAUUUAGUUGGUGUUGAUAAAUUAUCUGAUGCUUUUGGUGUUCUUUUAUUGAUUCAAAGUAUUCCUAUUGCUAUUGGAACACCAAUUGUUGGUAAGAAG